CAAUUUGGCACUCGCCGAUACAGGAGCCCGUCAUGCAGUCAAGUUUUAAAAGUCUACAACUACCUGAGAAACAUUCAAUUGUACAACUAUACCAGUCUACUCGCAGAAAUGGCUUCUUCUCAACCUACUCGAUGGGCUGCUCUCGCCCGUGAUACGAACGAGACCAAGAUUCAGCUUGCUCUUAACCUUGACGGCGGCGAUUUCCCUCCGGACACUGACUCCCGUCUUCUCAACGAUGGAGAUAGCCAUGCUUCUCAGGCUAGCAAGUCGCAGAAGAUCGCUGUCAACACAGGAAUUGGUUUCCUUGACCAUAUGCUUCAUGCUCUAGCUAAACAUGCUGGAUGGAGUCUUGCUCUGAACUGCAAGGGUGAUCUUCACAUUGAUGACCACCACACCGCCGAAGAUGUCUGCAUCGCCCUUGGUUAUGCCUUCGCCCAGGCUCUCGGCACUCCUGCUGGUCUCGCCCGUUUCGGCUACGCCUAUGCUCCCCUUGACGAGGCCCUGUCUCGCGCGGUCAUCGAUCUUUCCAACCGUCCCUACAGUGUUGUUGACCUCGGUCUGAAGCGAGAGUGGCUUGGCCAGCUCAGUACCGAGAUGGUACCUCAUUGUCUCCAGAGCUUUGCCCAGGGUGCUCGUGUUACGCUGCAUGUUCACUGUCUUCACGGUGAUAACGACCACCAUCGAGCCGAGAGUGCUUUCAAGGCUCUUGCUGUUGCUAUCAAGGCUGCUACCACGAGGAUACCUGGUAAAGAGGGUGAAGUGCCUAGCACCAAGGGUACUCUGAGUGCGUAAGGGAAUAGUCGCUUAGGAGUUCCGGAUAAAUACUUGGUUUUGGUUAGAACUAGACCUGCUAUUGAUAGGAAUGCAGGAAUCAGAUUUUGAGAUAUAAGUGAAUAUAUGACCUAUGUCACAUAGCAGGCUUCUGGAAAUAUUUACAAUGCGUUGCCUGGCAUGUCUCCUCAAGACCCUGCAUACCGCAUUCGUUACGCAUCCAUACAAGAUAUCUUGAAAAUCAUAUCAAAAUUCACAGGUCGGCUCAUGUAGACAUGCAGUUCAGGCUAUAUUUUUGAUAAGAUCGUCAACUCCUUCUUGGCAACCCUCAAGUUCGGUAGUCACCAUUGAUAGUGACAUAGUCAUGGCUGAAGUCGCAGGUAUAGUGCACAGCAGACUUGUCGCCUGUACCUAACUUGACAACGAUCUCAAGAUCUUCCAUGGCGAGAAUCUCCGAUGCUCGCUUCUCGUCGACCUGCUCGGGCUCGCCGUCCACGAGCAGCUUCAGCUCAGCUGAGCCAUCGGUAGGGACGAAGGAGACAUUGGUGCGCUCGGGAGUAAUCUCAGGAACGUCAUUCACAGGUUGACCAGGAGGAGAAAUGAGAGCAUAUCCGGUGGCGCAAAGGACACGGCCCCAGUUGGCAUCUUUUCCGUACAGAGCAGUCUUAACGAGGGGGGAUUUGGCGAUGGAUCGACCAAUCUCACGGGCUGCCUCCUCAGAAGCACUGUCGACGACACGGAUGGUAACAAAUUUGGUAGCACCCUCACCGUCUCGGACGACAUACUUGGCCAAGUCAACAGAGAACUCGGUGAGGAGCUUCUGGAAGGCUUGGUAGUCUGGAGACUGCUCAGAAGUGACCUCCUUUCCGCCAGCGGCACCGUUAGCAAGAAGAGCAACAGUAUCAUUGGUAGAAGUGUCACCAUCAAUGGUGAUGGAGUUGAAUGACCGGUCCACCGCAUG